AUGGGAGGAACUAUUUCAAAAAGUAGUCAGCAUUACCCAGAUUCCAGACAAGUUGUGACUUCCUAUGGUCCAAUUGAAGGAAGACGUUUGAUUCAUGAAGGAGAUGAACAGGUGGAUGCAUUCCAAGGAAUUCCGUAUGCUGCACCGCCAAUCGGGAAAUUGAGAUUUGCGAUGCCUCAACCUCAUGAAAAAUGGACAGAAGUUCGAGAAACUAAAGCUUUUGGAGACAGGGGAAUUCAAAAAGAUAACAUUUUUCAUGGCAAGAUGGCUCCACAAUCCGAAGACAAUCUCACUUUGAACGUUUUCACCCCGGUCUGGACACCCAAGAACUCGACAGGAUUCCCUGUUCUUUUCUACAUUCAUGGAGGAGGAUUCAUCAGUGACAGUGCUCAUAAAUAUGGAGAUUUGAGUAUUUGUCAACAUCUCGUAACCAAAGAUGUUGUAGUUGUUACAAUUCAAUAUCGUCUUGGAUACCUUGGUUUCUGGACAACUGGGGAUAGUUCGAUUCCUGAUAAUUUGGCACUUCAUGAUAUGACAUUUGCAUUGAAAUGGGUCAAAGAAAACAUAGGAUUGUUCAAUGGAGACCCAAAUAAUAUAACUUUAAUGGGACAAUCAGCCGGAGGAGCUUCCGUCGAUUUUCUGAGUAUUUCUCCAGUUUCCAGAGACUUGUUUCACAAAGUAAUUCCAAUGGGUGGAAAUGCAAGUUGUUCAUGGGCAAUCCAUCCACGUCCAUUGAAUUCUUGUAGAAAACGUUCGCACGAAAUUGGAGUUCUUGAUGAAAUGAACACAUUGGAUUGGGUUGAGAAAUUGCGAGAAGUUCCAGCUGAAAAGUUUGGAUCCACAUUAGAUAUGGGUGCCGUUGAUUUGCAAACAGAUCCAGAGUUAGUCAUUGGUCCAAAAUACGACAACUUGUUCAUUCCAAAGCCAAUAAUGGAACUGAGAAAAGAGUCACCUGUUAAGCCAAGACUUGUUGGAUGUGCACGUUCUGAAGGGCUUGUCAUGUGUAUGUUUGGAUUGAACACAAAACACCCAUUGCACGGUAUUCAACAAGACGUUUCGGCUAUUCUCUCGGAAAAACUAUUCCCAUUGAAAGCACGAGAGUAUCAAGAACAAGCACUCGAGAAACUAAUUGAUACUGGAUCGGAUCAUUCAAAAGAAGAAUGGCAACGAGCCAUGUGUGAAUUGAGAGGAGAUUCAUUUUUGAAUAUUGGAGUGCAACAGAAUGUAGUCGACGUUCUGGAAACACAACCACAAACUCCAGUUUACUUGUAUUCUUUCGAUUAUUACAACCCGAAAGCAUACGGUAUCAUGGGAUGGAAACUGCCGUUCAAAGAUGCCACACAUUGCACUGAUAUCAGUUAUGUAGUCGGAAAUCAUAUUGUGAUGUCUCUUGAUUUCAAUGAAGACGACUAUAAAAUGAUCGAGAUUACUACUCGAUUGUGGACCAACUUUGCCAAAUAUGGAGACCCGAAUGGAGAAGGAGACGAUAUUGCUCAAUUAGAACAAAAAUGGGAACGAGCCACAGUUGAGAACCCUCAAACCCAUUUGUCCAUUUCUCUGCAACCGAAACUUCAACAAGUUUACAAAAAUGGACGACCACUAUUCAUGGCUCAACUUUUGAAAGAAGCCAGACCUCCACCAAACCUUUAA